AUGUUUCCGUACAAACACGUCCUCCUGAUCGGAGCCACUGCCGGCAUCGGUCGGGCCAUGGCUGACCGUCUGGUGGAAGCCGGCGUCAAAGUGACUGCGGUCGGGCGUCGUCAAGACAGAUUGGACGAGUUUGUCCAGAAACAUGGCGAUGACAAGGCACGAGGAGUGGCAUUUGACAUGGCAGAGCGAGAGAAAAUUCCUGCUUUUGCCAGAGACCUCAUGCACUCCGACAUCGACUGCCUCUUCCUCAACGCCGGCAUACAAAGUCCAGACGACGUGGGCAAUCCAGCAUUCGAUCUGCAGCAAUUCCAUCACCAGAUCAAUGUCAAUUUCUCCAGCUUCGUCGAUCUCGUCCAUGCCUUUUUGCCGUCUUUCACGCAGCGACAAACCCCGACCGGCAUCAUCUUCACCGGAUCCAACCUGGCCAUUGUGCCAGCGGCCAGGCUGUCUGCCUAUUCAGCGUCCAAGGCAGCGCUGAAUGUCUUCACUCUGUGUCUGAGAGAGCAGCUGCGAGAGACGAAUAUCAAAGUGGUGGAAGUGUCUCCUCCGCCGGUUCAGACCGAACUGCACGACUACAUGGGCGAUGCAGGACGCAGUCUGGGAAUGCCACUGGAUAUUUUCACGACUCGGGCCUUUGAGGGAAUUGUUUCCGGCCGCGACCAGAUCAUCAUCGGAUCGUGUGGCCCGGAAGCAGUGUUUAAUGAGAUCGUCGACCAGCGACGGAUGAUUUUCACCAACAUGGCGCAGAUGAUGCGAGACAGGAGCAGAUCUAGUUGUAGCGCAAAAUAG